AUGGCUUUCAACGGCGCCUCUGACGGCGAAGACGGGCCGCACUCGCCACCAUUCCGGAACUGGGCGUCCUUGAUGAGCAGCGGCGCAGCGGGAGGCGGGCGCGUCGAUGGGGCUCUCUUGACGGAGCCGGGAUCAUACGAAGACUUCCACUACUCCCUCCCGUUCGACAUGGGCUCGUUUGGCCAGUCACCUCCGAGCGCGAGCGCCUUCUUCGGCGGACGACCUUUCUCGCCGUUCGGUUCGACUUCUGCUGGCGCUCACUCUCCCAACCCUCCGUCCGGCGCUCCGUUCUCCUCCUUUUCGCCUCCCUUCGCAUCUGGCUCCUAUGCUUCGCCUCCAACAAUACACGGCCAGCUCUCUCCCCAUUCCUCACACCAGCAUCCGCCGACCAUGCCUCCUCCCGACCCCGCUCCCUUGUUCGACAGCACCGAGACAGCCCUCUUCUCCUCCUUCCUCAACACGCUCGACGUCGACCCAAACUUUCUCUUCAACCCCGUCUUACCGCCGGGCAUGCCGAGUCCGCCCAGCACGAGCAUGUUGCAGACGGGCGAACGGAGGGAGGAGGACAGGCGAGAGAGGGAGAUCCUGGGAAGAGAGGUCGGAGGGCUCGACAUCGGAUCAAGCUCAGCUGUGGCAGGACUCGUCUCGCCGACGGGAAGGACCGCCGACCGUGUCCCGCCAGAGCUGCCGGACGAGCUGGACGAGCCAGGAGGCGGCGCCGAUGAGGAUGACGAGGAUGCAGGCGAAAACGACCCGGACUUUGAACCGGGUCCGUCUCGAGGGACUCGGAGAAAGUCGCGAGGCGGGCCAGCAGCAGGGACGGGGAGGGAAAAGAAACCGCGAACUGGGAGGAGCGAGGUCAAGGAGGAGCUGGACGAGGGUGAGGAUGUCGAGAUGGCGGCGGUGGACGACGGCGACUAUGUCGAUGGCGCAGGUUUCACGGCGAGCGGUCGGCCAAGACGGAACGCGCGAGCGCCUAGACGGCUAUCGUCGUCGACCGCAACCUCGGCUACCGCGCGACCUCGUCCUUCGCUCAGUCGACCUCCUCAGCCGCCCGCACCGCCUUCCACGCUCGACGACGACCCCGCCGAGGACGCAGACGACGCCUUCGACAGCGCCUCCGCAACCGCGACAACCUCGUCCUCUACGCCAAAGGUUCCCUUGACCGAGUCGCAGAAACGCAAUAACCACAUCCUGUCGGAGCAAAAGCGGCGCAACGCGAUUCGGUCCGGCUUCAAGGACCUGGUCGACUUGCUCGUCGCUGGCGAGCAGGCGAGUGGAAUCGUUCUUGGCGGCGCGGAGGAGGAUGACGGCACGGGCAAGAAGAAGAAAGGGAAAGGAACGGGUCGAGGGCGCGGGAGGAAGGGCGAAGUCGGCGCGAACGCGAGCAAGAGCGUCGUCCUGACCAAGGCGUCGGACUACAUCCUCUGGCUCGAGCGGGGGAACAGAGCGCUGGAGCAGGAGGUCCGGAGGGUGCAGGCGCUGCUCCAGCAUGUCACGGUACAGGAGUAG